AUGUCUGCUGUGGCUACGACUCCGUUGCCUCAAGCUCCUCGAGCUCCUCGCCGUUCAGGCAGGAAAUCCCGACCAUCAGACGCCCGUGACAGCGCUGCAGCACCAGCCGCGCCAGUUCCAGGUGUGCAGCGCAACCCCUCCCCCACCACUACAAACACAACAAAGAAUGGCAUCAAAGGUCAACACCGCAAACCUCCACAAGGCAAUAACACGUCACAGACAGAAGGGAAACAUGGCAACUAUCAACAGGAGAGGACCAAAGCAACGCCGACACCCAUGAAACCAGUUGCGUACGCCGGAUCUGCCUUCCAACAAUCCCCAGCCCCUUCAGCUCUUCCUCUUCCGAGUUUCUACUCCAAAUCUCUACCCUCCACGAGCUCCAUACCACAACAAGUCCCUAUACCAGAAGGCGCCAGCUCUCGCGAGUCGUCGGUUACACCAGGUGAUGAAUCACCUAGCAAGCGAGAAUCAACUCCAUGUGACUUCCUUUUUGAAGCUGCCCGACAAGCAAGAGCCACUCCUCGCGGUGAGAGCCCUGCUGCACGUUCUGGCAGUCUCUCUGUCGUCAAUGGAAGCCCUGCUUCUCAGUCUCCGGCACCCCGAGAGGGAGAUCCCAUGUUCCCCUUUGAGCUGGAAGGUGGUGGCAAUCCUGGAGAGGAUGGUUCAGCCUUUGCUACCCCUUACAAAGAUCGCAUAGAGGCUCUGCGGUCCACAAAGUCGACGUCUGCAGGAGGCAGGAGCAUGGAUGAAAACGAACGCAAAGCGAAAUCCGAGGCACUGAAGCAGUUGCUCAUGAAAUCAAGCGGUCGCGAAAACGGCGUCGGCAAUGAUUCCGUCACCGAUACUAACCCAUUCAAUGCCAGAGCCCCGUACAGCUCCCUUCCACAGGGCCAAGCUCGCUCCAGCUCGAACCCUGGCACACCAGUGUACAUGCAUGAGAAUUCUACAUAUCAUCCUCCCCAGAACUUUACUCCUGCGGGGUACCCAUUUCCAGGUGGUCAGAUGUAUACCCCAAAGCGAACGAACUCUUCGCGACUUCGACAUGUCUACGGAGCACAGAGCGAGCCUGAGUACGCCGAAUUGUCGUCCGAUAGCGCAGUAACGCCGCCAACGGCUUCGCGAACACAUGCUUCUCGUCAACAGCCUCAGUAUACUACAGGGCCAUCCGCAAGCCACCCGCAGAUGCCAACUCAUCGAUCUAAGCCGAGUGCGCAACAACUUGAGGACGAUUUGAGAAGAGUACUAAAGCUGGACCUUACGUCUCGAGGAUGA